UGUACUUAUUGCUGUGUUGUCAAGAGCAUCAAUCUCAAUCUGUCUUUAGCAAUGAUGAAGAUUCUGCUCUCUUUCCUUCUGCUGGCUGCUCUUAGUGAGCGAGUCUCAGCCCUGAUUCGGGAACACAUUUAUGUGGAUGAUAACAUAUUCUGGAACGAAGCUCAGACAUACUGCAGGGCACACUAUAAAGACUUGUCCACCUUUAGCAGUGAAGAGGAGUAUUCAGGGUUCUUGAACACAACAGGAUAUCUACGCUUUGGUUGGAUCGGCUUGUACCAGAAUAAAGGUGCAUCAAAAUACAAACAGUGGUCUGAUGGUAACCCAGUAACAUACACACUGCUAACAAACACGACAACUAAUUAUGACCAGUGUGUGUACGUCAACGGCCCCUUGGGGUCCUGGGAAGUUGCGGAUUGCUCAUCAGUCAUUGGGCCGAUGUUUUGCUACAGAGUGCCAGAUCUGAUCUUAGUAAAAGAGAAUAAAAGCUGGGAGGAUGCAUUGGAGUACUGCAGGCUUCACUACAUUGACCUGGCCAGCCUGACCUCACUCACUGAUUUGCUCACGGCUAAAAGAAUUGUCAAUACUACUGCAGUUCAUGUCUGGACAAGCUUGCGGUUCCUCGCCGGACAUUGGUUCUGGAUAAACGGUGAGACUUUGGACAGCCAGAUGUCGUUGCCUUCAUGUCCCAUCUCCCCAAAUCACUGUGGAGCUCGAAACAUCAGGACUAAUAGCUGGGAGUUUCAAGACUGUGACAAGAAACUCUAUUUCUUCUGCUCAACUUAGAAAUCUACAGAUUACGUUGAUGCCGCUAUAAACAACGAAGAGUGGUCAGGAUGGUCUUUAUCAGAUCCCAAAAAGUACAAUGUAUACACAAAAGAUUUUGUCCUGAUUUUACUAUAUUAAACAAAUUCUCUGGAAGCAUGUUAACUAAUUUGUUAGAUUUAUUUCAUUUAGUUUUCCCCUUUCCCCUUUUAAAUACAUGAUCUUGGCCAUUGGCCUUGGGUCUAUCUAUCUAUUAUUAACAAACAGUUGGUGACUUGUUUCUCAUGCUAUUUUAUGUGCUGCAAUUUAUUCUGUCAUUUUUUAAAUGUGUGCAUGUUUUAAAUUUUCCAAUUUCUAUUAUUAUUUAAUAUAAUAAUUAUCGUUUUUCUGUCCUAUAUGUUUUAGUGCACAUUGUAAAAAGCUCUACAGAUAUAUAAUUCAGAAUACUGCCAUGCGGCCAAUAUUUUUUUUCUUUAACGUAAAAUUUAAGAUAGAAAAUAUAUUUGUUUUUGUGUUUAAUUUCAUUUUUCGGAUAUUGUCUUAAUAAAGAUCAGCUCUGUCAGAUUGGGAACUUUGUAAUUAUGUAGUUCUA